CGAAGCUGCCUCUUGGUCUAGAUUUUGUUUGCUUUUGAAAUUUGAGGGAUCAAAUUUGAUAGGCUGCUCCAGCCUGGUAUAUUUCCCAGUUCCAGGUCCACUAAUUGUGAUUGGCAGAUAUAUUUGAAGACAGGUGAACAUGUUCAAGAGCCACCUUGUUUUGUAUUACUGGACCAUCUUUCAUGUUUUCAAUUUAUUAGCAGUAUGGACAACUGCUGAAGAUGUCAUUAACAGCACUUUAAAUUACACAGACCUGCUGACAGGAUCUGUACCGAUGAUAAUCUCCAGAAUUGACCAUAUCAUAGUCAAGGAAGGUUAUAGUGCCUUGAUUGACUGCAAUGUUCAAGGUUAUCCAGAACCAGUGUACAAGUGGUACAACUCAAAUGGCCAUUUGGUGAAAGAAGAUGGUGACAGAGCAGGAAAAUGGAUUCUCAAUAGCGGGCAACUAAAUAUUACCAGUGUGUCAUUUGAAGAUCGAGGAAAAUACACAUGUGUUGCUUCUAACAUCUAUGGCAAAAUGAAUAAUACUGUCACCCUGAGGGUUGUAUUUACCGCUGGAGACAUGGGGAUCUACUACAUGAUUGUAUGUCUUGUAGCAUUUACAGUUGUUUUGAUCUUAAAUAUUACUAGACUAUGCAUGAUGAGUAGCCACUUGAAAAAGACUGAGAAAGCGAUCAAUGAUUUUUUUCGGACGGAAGGAGCUGAAAAGCUGCAAAAAGCUUUUGAGAUUGCUAAGCGCAUCCCAAUCAUCACCUCAGCAAAAACUCUUGAGCUUGCCAAAGUAACCCAGUUUAAGACAAUGGAGUUUGCCCGCUACAUUGAGGAAUUAGCUAGAAGCGUUCCUCUACCACCUCUUAUUAUGAAUUGUAGGACUAUCAUGGAAGAAAUCAUAGAAGUAGUCAAAUUAGAGGAACAAGGCCAUAAAUUUGUGCAACAAUCAGCUGUGGGGCAAGGGAUCACGGACCCUGAUGAAAUGUACAUGAUUCCCAGUCCCCUAAAGCGUAGUGACUCUUUUGCCGCUGAUUCAGAUGCAUCUUCUUUGCAUGAACCACCACUCAAGAUUGCUAUAAAAGUCUCAGUUCACCAAUUAACUAAGAAGGACUGUAUUGAUCACCCGACACAGGAUAGUAUAGUUUUAGAAAUGGAAGAAGAGAAAGAAGUUGCUCAGGUACAGGCACAACCUAGUGACCUGGUCUUGGACCCUUCUACUGAAUUCAACUCAACAGAGACAAUUGUGGGAAGCAGCAAGGACACAUGUACUAUGUAUGAAACCCAUUUAUGAACAUUUAUCAGCAAAUGUAUAUUGAUAAACAUAGUGAUAAAAUGAGGUGGCAGGGUUGAUAAGCCUUAUCUGAACACC